AUGCCGUACGAGGUGCUUGUUGGAGGCUCGUGCUUCACGCAGGCCGACGCCCAGAAGCUGCGCGAGCUCAUCGACAAGACCAGCCCCUGCAAGGUCCAGGACAUCCAGGGCCAAUGGAUCUACUACGUGAACCUGCAGGUGUCGUCCCACGACGCCCUCGAGCAGGUUGAGGAGCUGCUGCACGACGUCCGCGGCUGGGGGCUGGCGUCCGGCGGUCCCGACAAUGCCUUCACCGUCUACGCCACGCCUCGCUACAUCUCGCCCUGGAGCUCCAAGGCCACCAGCAUCGCCCACGUCUGCGGCCUGCGCGAGCGCGUCCUGCGCAUCGAGCGCGGCCGCCGCAUCUCCAUCCAGUUCGACAAGCUGCCCGAGGGCAACGACGCCGCCUUCCGCGAUGUGCUGCACGACCGCAUGACGGAGCUCUGGAGCACCGAGCCGCCGUCGCUGGUGCACAUGUUCGAAUCCAAGUCGCCGUCGCCGCUGGUGGCUGUCGACAUCUUUGCCGACAAGGAGGACCCGCUGCGCAUUCUCCGCGAGUACAACGUCGACAAGGGCCUGAGCCUCGACGAGUCCGAGAUGCAGUACCUCGUCGAUGUCUUCACCAAGCUGGGGCGCCCGCCUCACGACGUGGAGCUCUUCAUGUUUGCCCAGGUCAACUCAGAGCACUGCCGGCACAAGGUCUUCAACUCGGCGUGGACCAUCGACGGCGUCCCCCAGGACAAGAGCCUCUUUGAGAUGAUCAAGACCACCCACAAGACUACGCCCGACUUUACUGUCUCGGCUUACAGUGACAAUGCGGCUGUUCUUGAGGGUGAACAGGCCAACGUCUGGGCCCCUGAUUAUUCUACUGGCUCAUGGAAGCUUAUUCCUGAAGUCGUUCACAUUCUCACCAAGGUUGAGACUCACAACCACCCCACUGCCAUCUCUCCAUUCCCUGGCGCCGCCACCGGCUCAGGUGGAGAGAUCCGAGAUGAAGCUGCGGUUGGACGAGGAUCCACGACAAAGGCUGGCUUGAGCGGCUUCUGGGUCUCUGACCUGCUCAUCCCCGACCACCACGCCCCCUGGGAGACUGACGUUGGCCGACCUCGCCACUAUGCCAGCAGUCUGGACAUUAUGCUGGAGGCGCCCAUUGGCAGUGCCCGCUUCAACAACGAAUUCGGCCGUCCAGCUCUCGCAGGCGUCUUCAGAACUCUCCUGACUCCUGAGGAGUCUCAAGAAGAUUCCGACCUGUCAAGCAUUGCCAACUGGCGAGGCUACCACAAGCCCAUCAUGAUUGCGGGUGGCCUCGGAUCCGUGCGACCUCAGCAUGCCCUGAAAGAGGAGCGAUAUGUUCGAGAGGGCGCCCACGUGAUUGUCCUCGGAGGUCCCGCGAUGCUCAUCGGCCUUGGUGGCGGUGCUGCCUCCAGUAGCACCGGCGGAGAGAGCAAUGCGGACCUUGACUUUGCCAGCGUCCAGCGCGGCAACCCUGAGAUGGAACGCCGCGCUCAAAUGGUCAUCAACACCUGCACUGCCUUGGGCGAGCAGAACCCGAUUGCCAUGAUUCACGAUGUUGGUGCUGGUGGAUUGUCUAACGCCCUUCCCGAGCUGGUCAAGGACGCUGGCUAUGGAGGAAACUUUGAACUGCGCCAAGUCGAAAGCAUGGACCGAAGCAUGAGCCCGCUCGAGAUCUGGUGCAACGAGGCUCAGGAGCGAUACGUCCUGCUGAUCAACGCCGACAGCAUGAACCGCUUCACGAGCAUUUGCCGACGAGAGCGAUGCGGAUUCUCCGACGUGGGAACGGUUGUUUCCAAGGAUGAGAACGGAGCUGCCAGGCUGGUGCUCACAGACCGAGAGUCCAAGGAGUACCCCAGGCCGAUUGACCUCCCCAUGGAUGCCCUUUUCCCUCCCAAGCGCCUCCUGCAGCGAGAGGUCGCCUCCAAGAAGCCCAGCCUGCUUCCCUUCGACGCCAUGGCGAGCCUGAAAAAGGCGUACGGAGAUCUGAGCGGCGCCGAGCUGUUCAAGAAGGCGGUCGAGCGCGUCUUCACGAUGCCCGCGGUUGGUUCCAAAUCCUUCCUCAUCACCAUUGGCGACCGAAGCGUGGGUGGCCUCACGGUGCGUGACCAGAUGGUUGGACCCUGGCAGACACCGGUUGCCGACGUUGCGGUGACAGCUACGUCGUUCCACAUCGGUACCAAGCAGAAGACGGGUGAGGCCAUGGCCAUGGGCGAGAAGCCCACCCUUGCUCUGAUUGACCCUGCUGCGUCAGCCAGAAUGGCCAUUGCCGAGAGUCUGAUGAACAUUGGUGCUGCCGAUGUCACGGGCGAUCUGCGUCGCGUGAAGCUCUCGGCCAACUGGAUGGCGGCCGUGAACCACGCUGGUGAAGGAGCUGCCCUGUACGAAGCCGUUCGAGCUGCCAUGGAGAUGUGCACCAGACUCCGAGUCAGCAUCCCCGUCGGCAAGGACUCCACCUCCAUGAAGACGUCGUGGAAGGAUGGCGAGGAGUCAAAGAGCGUCACCGCACCCGUCUCGGUGGUCAUUUCUGCCUUUUCGGCCGUCCGUGACAUUCGAAGCACCUGGACGCCCCAGCUGCGUCGGGUGGAGGAUGUGGGCGAGACGUCGCUCAUGUUUGUCGACCUUGCAGAGGGACGAAGGGCCAUGGGCGGCUCAGCGCUCGCGCAGUCGCUUGGUGCUGUUGGCGACAAGGCGCCCGACAUGAAGAACUUUGACCUCAUCACGGACUACUUUGACGCCCUGUCCCAGCUGCACCGAAGCGGUGUUGUCCUGGCCUACCACGACCGAUCCGACGGUGGUCUCGUCACCACCGUGGCCGAGAUGAUGUUUGCUGGUCGCUGCGGCGUCGACAUGAUGAUGGACGGCAUCUCCAAGUCGGGCAAGCCGGAGGACAUCAUCGAGGCCAUGUUCAACGAAGAGCUUGGCGCCGUUUUCCAGAUCCGAACUGAGGACGAAAUGAACUUUAAGCGAUGCUUCGCCACCUGCGGCCCUCCGCCCGGUCUGAUCCGCAAGUUUGGCGUGGUCCGGUCGACCUCCAAGCAGAGCCUCAACAUCCGCCACGCAGGCAUGACGUUUGCCACCCUGGACCGAACCGAGAUGCAGCAGUGGUGGUCUAAGACGUCGUACGAGAUGCAGAAGCUCCGAGACAACUCUGCCUGCGCCGAGUCUGAAUUCUCCACGAUUGCCGACUCUGCGGAUCCCGGCAUCACGUACAAGCUGUCCUUCUCACCAGCCGAGAACAUCCUUCCCCUCACCUCGUCCAUCACUGGCUUCUUUGGAAGGAUCCCCCGAGUUGCCAUUCUCCGAGAGCAGGGUGUCAACGGCUAUGCCGAGCUGGCUUACGCCUUCAAGGCCGCCGGCUUCGAGCCCAUCGACGUCCACAUGACGGAUCUCCCCAUUGUCGUAUCCCACGGCGAGGGCCGCGCCAAGUUCGCCUCGCCCAACUCGCUGCAGGCGCUGACCGAGGCCGGCAUGAUCCCGCUGCAGUACGUCGACAACCGGGGCAACGUGACGGAGCAGUACCCGUACAACCCCAACGGCAGCCCGAUGGGCGUGGCCGGCGUGGCGAGCCCCGACGGGCGCGUCGUGGCCAUGAUGCCGCAUCCUGAGCGGACCAUCAUGGCGGACAUUACGAGCUAUGCUCCUCCGGAGAUGGUGGAGGAAUGGGGCGAGUUUGGGCCUUGGCUGCGGAUGUUCCGGAGCGCCCGUAGAUGGGUUGGUUGA